AUGGCCGACCAAACCACGGCCGCCGUCACAGCCAUUAUCACAGCGGAGCCCAACAUGUCUGAGAAGCAAGAGAAGCGGGAGCAGCCCAGCGACAGCGGAAGCCAGACGCCCUCAUCGGUUGACAACAGCCGCGCCGUCAACGAGAAGCCCAAGCCGCAGGGUUUCUUGGCGCGUAUGGGCGACUUGCCAGAAUGGGGUUUCCGCGGCCAACGCCUCCAGGGCAAGGUGCUCAAUUGGUCCAUCGGAUUCAUCGCGUCUUGUGGUUUCCUCAUGUUCGGAUACGAUCAGGGUGUUCUCGGCUCGCUACUCACCCUCGACGACUUUCAGAGGAGUAUCACUCUGAUGACGCCGCUGGAACAGUCAAACCCGCUCUGCUGGCUCGACUUUCCCGAAAACACCCAACGUGAUUACAGCCAGUGUACCGGAGAUCCCAAUACGCAGGCCGCCGCGGUAGCUGUCUACCAGAUUGGUUGCUUCUUGGGUGCAGUGCUCAUCCUCUUUUACGGAGAAAGUUGGGGACGUAAGUCGUCAACUUUCUGGGGUAGCGCCAUCAUGAUUUUCGGAACCAUCCUGCAGGCCUCUGCGCACGAGUACGGUCUUUUCUCUGCGGGUCGCAUCGUUGGUGGUAUUGGAAACGGCAUGGUGACGUCGACUAUUCCUACAUGGCAGUCCGAAUGUGCACGACCUCACCAGCGAGGUUUCCUCAUCACCCUUUCCGGAGCUCUCAUCAGCUGUGGCAUCGCAAUCGCUUACUGGUACGGCUUCUACUUCCUCGAAGGAUCGAUCCGAUGGCGAUUCCCCGUCUCAUUCCAGUCUUUUUUUACUAUCAUUGUUAUGAUUGGUCUCCUCUACCUUCCUGAUUCACCCCGUUGGCUGGCCAUGAAGGGCCGUCUGGAAGAGGCCCGCGAAGUGACGUCUCGUCUUCUCGGGAAGCCCAUCGAUCACGAAGAUGUUACUAUCGAGGUUAAGGCUAUCCAAGAGGCUCUCGAGGCUCAGAGCCAAGGUGGAAGUUUUAAAUUCAGGGAACUCCUCACAAACGGUCCCUCGCAGAAUUUGAGACGCACUCUCCUUGGCAUUGCUGCACAAUUUUUCCAGCAAAUCUGCGGUAUCAACCUUAUCACAUAUUACAGUGGGUUCUUGUUUGAGAACUCCCUUGGAUUCGGUCCUGAGUUAUCUCGACUUCUGGCCGCGCUCAACGGCACGGAAUACUUCCUGGCUUCACUUGUCGCUCUACCUCUCAUUGAAAGGACUGGUCGACGCAAGCUCAUGCUCUUCGGAGCAUUCGGCAUGAUGGCCUCCAUGGCGAUUUUGGCUGGAACCGUGUCUACUGGUACAGUUGACGAGACAGGUGCUCCCAAGCUUGAGACUGUGUAUGGAGUUACUGCCACGGUCUUCUUAUUUGUCUUCAACUCCUUCUUCGCAAUUGGCUGGCUCGGAAUGACCUGGCUCUACCCCGCCGAGAUCACCAACCUCCGUAUCCGCAUCCAGGCCAACGCCCUCUCAACCUGCUCCAACUGGCUGUCCAACUUCUUAAUCGUUAUGAUCACGCCACCUGCGUUCGCAAACUUGGGCUACAAGACGUACGUGAUGUUCGCCGUCUUCAACGCAGCCAUAAUUCCCUGCGUAUACUUAUUCUUCCCGGAGCCCAAGGGACGAAGCCUCGAGGAGCUCGAUGUCAUCUUUGCCAGCGCCCACGCCGACAAGGUUAACCCUGUCAAGCGCGCCAAGGAGAUGCGCAAGGUCGAGGGAAGAGAGCUGGAGAAUGAGUUGGACAAGUACUUCGGAUCUAGCGAGAUGGUUGAGGAUGCUCGUCCUAUGAUGCAGUAA